GAUCCUGACAUCCGAAAUUUGCAUAUCCACGUAACGUGAGUCUAGACUGUGAAAACCUACCGGGGGAGCUCCAGCGCUCAGUAUAAACAGGAAGAUACCAUCAACUGUUGAUAAAAUAAGUCAAAUUUGCACUAUUCUGUAAGGAAUUUGAUGGGCUUUCACAAGAGGAUUUUCACCAAGUGGUCACCAUGUUCUUUCUCGGCUAGGACGGGCAAAUAUGGCAGAGAAGGGAAAGUCUAGGGGAUUCAACCUUGACUCCAUAGUGCAGAAGCUGCAGGAAGAGGGCUCCCCCCCACCAUCAUCGGGCACAGACAGCGACCUUCUGUCCACUUCCACCGGCACCAUGGUUAAAACAGGCGCAUCACGAAGGAAGCCCACUAAGGUGGUACGACAGGUAGCCUCAGAUGAGGAGUCUGACCCACCUGGUACGGAAAGCAACGAUGAUAUUGAGUCGUCAGUUAGUCAAGGUAUACAGAGUGCCAAGAUAGAAGACAGUACAAACAAUGCCGAUGCUGUACUUGAGGCCAUGAGGAAAGCUACGAAAGAUCAGCAGGAAGUGAGGGAAGAGAAGAAAGAAGCAGUGGUACAAAAAACAAAGACACCUCCUGCCACACCCAGGACAAAAGGCAACAAGGAUGCAGCACCAGAAGAGCUGCCUGAAGGCACAGUGAUUGUUGAACCAGAGGCAGUUGUUGAUGACAGGGGAGUGUUCAGAGGGCCUGAGUUUAGCAGGAAACAUAAAAGAGAAGCAGAAGCAGGUGCCACGCCCACUACUAAGAUAACAGUAGGCAGCGUGGACCAGAUUUACCACUGUACAGCAUGUGGUGGUCAGAUCUUCCCUUCCCUGCCUGGUACCUGCAAACGGCAUCCAGCUCUGAAGGUUCUUAUAUGUAAGCGGUGCUAUAACUACUACCGCAGUGAUAACUUCGACAAGGAUGAGAAUGGAAUAGACGAGCAGUGCAGGUGGUGUGCAGAAGGUGGAAACCUGCUCUGCUGUGACUUCUGCACCAACGCUUUCUGUAAGGCCUGCAUCAAGCGCAACCUGGGACGGAGGGAACUCACAGAGAUCAACGACUCGGACGAGUGGCGCUGCUACAUGUGCGACCCCUUCCACCUGUCGGACCUCAUCUCCACCUGCGACCAGGUCAUGGAGGUCAGCGAACAGGAGAGACAGAAGCAGAAGCGGAUCAGCAAAGCCAAGAAAGAGGAAUCAGCGAAGAAGCAGGCUCAGGGAAAGGAGUCUCAGGACGACUCAGACGACGUCCAGGUGGUCUCAGAAAUCAAAGGAACUCCUAAACCUGUGGAACCGGUUAAGGUUGAGAUAGCUCCCCAGCCUAUAACAGUGCCUAUUGAUCCGUCUAAAAGGAUGACGUUGGCCCAGAUCAGACAACUGCCGCUAGAACAGCAACAGGAGAUGCUCAGACGGCCGGACAGAAGAUACGGAAAGCGGAAUUCGCCGGUUAUUGGCCAACCACAGCCGGUAAUGCAGCAAUCUAGGCCGCUCGUCAGCCAGCCAGUUGUGUAUGCUUCUCCAGUAGUACCCGCUCCGGGAGUGAACGUCGUUAGAGCUCCCUCUCUGGUGGUCACACCGGAUUUCUCCUCCACGUCUCACAACAUUCUCACUUCUGUGCUGCACAUGCACACGUUCCUGGAGUCCCUCCAACAGAGACAUGCCUACCUUACAGGAAAGAAUGCGACCAAAACCAACUACCUGCUCUUUAACCAGGCCCAGCCUGUGCUGACUGACGCCUUGAAAGAACAGUUAAAAAAGGCACAACCGCUGAUCAACAGCGCAGUACAGAAGAUAGCCACCAUUCAAAAGAUAGCACAAGAACUUCUGGACCAGGAUCCGCAGGGUAUCCCUGUGAGUCCUGUGGGAGCUGUUCCUGUGGGAGUGGUAAGUGCUGAUCAACUGGCAAACAGCACUACCAAUGCAAAUGAUGAUAAACCAGCAUCUGACGUAGCUGAUGUAGAUCUCACAGAUGGAGAUGUCCAGCCAGUACAGAACGGCAUAGCUGGGGAUGAUAUAGAGGAUGGGACCAAAGACAGCGAUGUUCCAGAUGAUGAAGCCAAGUCGGCCACAAAGCGUAAGCUUGCGUUCGAGAACAAGAGUGAAGAUGCCAAACGCAGCAAGCAAGGUAAAAACUCUUCAGCAGACGAAGCUGAGAGUGCGACAGACAAGGACGGUGAGAAAAGGCAACUAAGAGGAAAGGGGAAAGCAGACAGGACAGAGGAAGAUGUUGCGUCAGAAGCAGCCCUAAGAGCUGCGAUGAUGGACGAAUCCACUGAAAUGGAUAGUGAAUCAGAAAACAAUGACAGUGGUGAAGAGUAUUCACCAUCAAAACGGAAAAGUAAGAGCAACUCAGAGACUCCAAACUCUAGUCAAAAGAGGUCGAGAGUCCAAAAGACCACUCCAAAGCGGGCCAGUCGAACUAGCAUGGCAUCAGAUGAAGAUGAAACAUCAGAGAGCAACGAGCCCAGACGAUCUCUCCGCAGCAGGAAACAAGAAGCAGACAGCACCACCAAGUCUCCACGGAAAGGAAGGAAAAAGAGACAAGACGAUUCAGAUCUGUCCGACACAGACAAGGAGAUAUCUGACCUGGAAAAGAAAGCCCUGAGAAGUAAAGGCUCAUCAAAAAAGAAGAGGAAAGAGGAAGACUCUGAAGAAGAAAAUGAAGAGGAUGAUAAGAAGGGGAAAGGUACUAAGAAGGAGAAAAAGGAGGAAGAAAAUGAAGAGGAUGAUAAGAAGGGGAAAAGUAUUAAGAAGGAGAAGAAAGGUGGAAAGAAAGAUAAGAAGGAAAGAAAGAAAAAGUCUGACAAAGAUGACUCCAGUUCCUCUGAUGGGAACAAUACAGGUGAUGAUGAUGGUGUUGAUGAUGAUGAAGAGGGUUACCACAGUGAGGACAUGUUUGCAGAAGGAGAUGGGGACCUGAAUGAUGGAGCUGCCGGCAAUGAUGACACAGAUGAUGAGAACCCUGAAAAUGCUGCGGCCAAGAAGAAGCUGUUAGCUGACAUGGAUGAUGACGAAGAUUCAAGUUCAGAAAACUCUGACUCGGCCAAAAAGAAGGAGAAGAAAACCAGAAAGAAGAAAGAGGUGGCCGAGAAGAAGGCUAAGGAAGGAGAAAGUGGUACAGAUGAAGAUGAGGAAGAAGAAAUCUUGCCAAAGAAGAAGUCAAGGAAGCAACAUCCCCUUCUUCGCAUCAGACUAGAGUCCAGUGACACGGAUGGGAGCAAAAAGUCAGCCAGAAAAAGAAAACGUGCAGCCAGCAAGAAGAGCAGCCAGAGUAGUGGCGAUGGCUCGAGUGGAAGUGAUGACGGCUCGUCCACUGCUGGGGUCAGUCGUCGCACCAGGAGUAAGAAAACAGUCACAGAUGAGGACAAUGACUCCAGGAGUUACAGGAAGGGGAAAGGAAAGAAGAAGAGGAGACGUAUAAAGAUUGAUGACUCAGAUUCAGAAGCUUCACAACAUUCAUCAGAAUACUCAGGUUCUGAGGGAGACAAAAAGAAGAAGAAGGAAAGUCGCAAAAAAAUUCGGAAGGUGUGGGAUGACAAGAAACUGAAGGAUGAGACGAAGCAGGCUGCUAAAGCUGAAGAGGAGCGGCGGAAACGCCUGGCAUCCAGACAGGAAGAAGGCGAGGGUGUUUUCCAGGUGGAGCAGGUGGAAAUAGACGAGUCUUCACCUGUCAAGUGUCCCAUCACGACCCGUCUCAUUCUGGAGAAAGACCCUAAAACCAAAUCACCACUGAUAGAAGUGGACCGACGACUGUGCCGCAAGCUGAAGCCUCACCAGGUGGAAGGUGUUCGCUUUCUGUGGGACUCCUUGUAUGAAACAGUUGAGAAGGGGAACAAGGAAGAAGGUUCAGGGGCUAUCCUGGCACACUGUAUGGGCCUGGGAAAAACACUACAGGUUGUUACCCUUGUUCAUACGGUGAUCAUGUCUGACGCCCUGCCUGAUAUAAAGACCUGUCUGGUGGUGUGCCCCAUCAACACAGUCCUCAACUGGAAAAAAGAGUUUGAGAUGUGGCUAGACGAGGAGGACCAACUAGACGUAUGGGAACUGGCCAGUAUUACCUCCAACCAGACCAGGAAGUACACCCUGGAGGCGUGGCAGAGAGAGGGUGGGGUCAUGCUGAUGGGGUACGACAUGUUCAGGAACCUGUCCACAGGCAAACGCAUCAAGAGCAAGAAGAUGAGGGAGUCAUUCCACACGACCCUCGUCGAGCCAGGUCCAGAUAUAGUGGUGUGUGACGAAGGCCACAUUCUGAAGAACGAGGCAACAGCCAUCUCCAAAGCCAUGAACGACAUCAAAACCAAGAGGAGGAUUGUUCUCACUGGAACACCACUACAGAACAAUCUGACUGAAUACCACUGCAUGGUGAACUUUGUGAAGCCCAACCUGCUUGGUACCAAGAAGGAGUUCUGCAACCGCUUUGCCAACCCGAUCAGCAACGGGCAGGCGUCAGACUCCACGCAGUACGAUGUGAAACUGAUGAAGAGAAGAGCUCACAUUCUGCACCAGCUGCUGGCUGGAUGUGUACAGAGAAGGGACUAUUCAGCCCUGACCAAGUUCCUGUCUCCCAAGGCGGAGUAUGUGAUAAAGGUGCGGCUGGGUCCUCUGCAGAUCCAGUUGUACGAACACUUCCUGAACAACGCCACACGGGCAGAGAACAUCGCACUAAUUUUGUUACCCUCCCCGUCUAGUCUUGUGUUCAGUCAGAGCCUGUUGUCCCUGGACCUGAUAGAAGACUUCCUGGAGUACCUGGACGGCCUGGCCCAGAGUGAGGACCCCAAGGCUGACACGUGGAUGAACGGGAAGUACGGCUGGGGCAGGAACCUGGACUACUUCCGCAUGGACGGGUCUACCAGCGCCCAACUCCGCGAGAGAUGGGCGGAAAUCUUCAACUCCACGGAUAAUGAAAGGGCCCGCCUAUUCCUGAUCUCCACGCGCGCCGGUGGCCUGGGUAUCAACCUGGUCGGAGCCAACAGAGUCAUCAUCUUCGACGCCUCCUGGAACCCCAGCCAUGACGUGCAGUCCAUCUUCCGCGUCUACAGAUUCGGCCAGAACAAACCCGUCUUCGUCUACAGAUUCCUCGCACAGGGUACGAUGGAAGAGAAGAUCUAUGACCGGCAGGUGACCAAACAGUCCCUGUCUGCCCGUGUGGUGGAUGAACACCAGAUCGAGAGACACUUCACCAUGGGGGAGUUAGCAGAGCUGUACAACUUCACCCCUGACAGACUGGACGACCCGAACAGACAGGAGAGACCCACACCCAAACUGCCUGUGGACCUGAUUCUGGCUGACCUGCUGCAGAGCCAGAAGGACUUCAUAGUCGACUACCACGAGCACGACUCGCUUCUCGAGAACCAGGAGGACGAGACACUCACAGAGGAGGAGCGCAAGGCAGCCUGGGAGGAGUACGAGAAUGAGAAGAAGGGUAUCUGGCAGAGAAGAGGUCCGUACCAGGACCCUCGGCUCCAGGGCUUUACCCAGAUGAACAACUUCCAGAUGGAACAGAGGAUGAGAGAGAUGCAGGCUGCCAUACAGGCCGGACAUCAGGUAUCAGGCACAUCAUUACAUGCAUUCAACUACGGCCAGCAGCUGGGUGUUCAGAUGGACAUGGCUCGACAGAUCACCAUGGAGAGAGCCCAGCCUCAGCCGGUCAUGUCACUGGCAGAGAUCAUUCUGGAUCAGCAAAAGCGGUACCCCCACCUGUCGCGUGACGCCCUGGCCCAGCGAGCUGUGUACAUACAGGAACAACAGAAGAAACAGGUGCAGAUGCACGAGGAGAGAAUAGCUGCCAUCCGUCGUUAUGAAGCCCUUUGUCAACAACAACAUGCUGCGGUACAAGCUCUGGUCCAUCCACAGAAAGCCACUGGUGACCCUUCUAAAAUACUAGCUUCAUUCAUAGCAGAAACUCAGGGAUUAAAGCAUCAGGCAGGACCGCCUAAGUCUGUUGCAGCCAUGCUGGCAGGUGGUGCAAAACUGUCACUGCAAACUCCCAAGCCAGCCAAACCGGGGACGCUGGCUGCCAUGAUCCAGGAAAGCAGGCGCAACGGGAGUGCAAAUAUGCAGCAGCCAUCCAGUAGCAGAAUCGACGACGAUGCAGUCAUCAUUCUGGACUCUCCAGACAAAAACUGACACAAGAACAUCUUAAAGCCUAUUUUCUUCUCCUAUAGAUGUUCUAGUGAUACAGAAGAUUAAAUAUGGAUAUAUGUAUGUAGGAAGGCAUUCUUCUUCACAUAGUGCUAGGUUAUCCGGCAGCCAGUGUCAAUUUAAAUCAGUAACUUUGUUGAAAGUCGUUGUUGGAAAUCAGCCUUGUCGUGCUGUGUACAAGAAUGUCUAUAAUCACAACCACCAAGUUAGAGCUCUGUGUGACAUCAGUGCUUGCAGUCAUGUGCUGUUGUAAUGUAUUGAUGAUGUAACCAUGCUAUGUCAACUUGAGUGAACAGAUAAAUAGAAUAAUUGCUAUGAAAAUUUCUACCAAUUGAAACACAGAAGAGUUAAGAUUCACUGACAGAUACGUGUACAUAGUUACUCUAUAUACAUUGUUUUAGUAACAUUUGUUUGUAGUUUUAAUGUCCUGUUAACAAGUUAAUGUUCAGAUUUGUAUCAGCCAGUAGUGUUGUUUUGCUCAAUCAUCGUGAAAUGAUGAUGAAAAAAAUAAAAACAGCUAUCAGACAUGGUACAUGUAGUUGGUAUGUGUUUUGUUAGUUUUGUAUCAAAACCUCUCAAGUAUUCAUAUACCAGUCCUUAGUAUUUACAUGUAGUUAUGUUUGUAUAAGGCAUGCAACUUCAACGUGUUGGUUUUUAGUUGCAGAAUCAAUGGUCCAGGGGAAACUUGUGUUGUCGCUAAGAUGGCCCGUGAAAUCUGAUGAGAUCAUAAAAAAUACCAUAAUAUUAUUAUAUCAAUAUGUACUGAACAAGUCCAAGCCUUAAUGACCAAAAAACACACGGAUUUAUGUACUAGAGAAAGAUCUUAGAUUGUCGAUCCUGUAGUAAAACAAAAUUAAAAUUUAUUAAUCUACUGUGUACUAAAUCAAGAAUUUUUUUGAAUGGCACCUUUGGAAUGGAAUUUAUCCUUGCAUUCAAUUGCAUGCAUCAUUAUAUAUCAUUGUAUCACACAGGGUAAAAACCAUUGGACUUCUCAAAGUACUAGCACUGUUAUUAUAGGAGUGGACAUAGGAAAUUGCCAAGGGACCACGCAAUUGUACAUGUGCCAAGUUAGUGCUAGAUACAUUAACAUAACCAACUAACGAAAAUGCACCUGAUUAAUGUCAAGUUGGCUUAGAUCUGUUGCAUCUAAGUGCUAUCCUGUACCACAUUAACACUGGCACACUAUGAUGCUCUAGGUCCAAGUUAACCCCUGAAUAGUUUUCGUUCUAUUUGUAGAAUUCACAAAGCUGUCAACUGGAAUCAGUUCCUUGAUGCAGACAUUUGUUGAUUUCAGCAUAUUACUCAUUUCGUAGCUGUGUUGUAUUCCAAAAGAUAAAGUGUUAAAUAGAAUUACUGCACACCAAAUAUAUUUGUAUGUGGUAUUUAAGUUAAGUGGACAUAUACUUUAUUGUAACAAUCAGUUUAAGCACAUAAUUAAAAAGAUGUUAACCAUUGUUUGAGUGGAAAUCAGUGUGAAAGCAACAU